AUGCCCGAGCAAGCCUCCACUCGACAAGUUCUCUCACCGCCGGGACCGCCUUUGCACCACCCUGGGGACUCCCUUCGACCCGACUACAUGUCCGCCCACCACAUCCACAGCACGGACAGACCCCAAUGCGCAAGGACGGCGUCGUCUUCUUUGAUAGAGCAGCUCGCAUGGAUGGCCUGCGGGGGAGUUGGCGCCAUUGCUAUGCACCGCGACGACCCCUCCCUAGGCAAAUACACUGCGCACCAUGUUUCCACGUCCACCACCACCAACAUCACUGAAUACGACGAUUUGAUUCGCGGCCUCCAACUGGUUAAGACCAUGGGACUCUCGCACCUGACCAUCUAUGGCGACAGAAAGCUUGUUAUCCGCCAAAUGCGUGGGCUCUACCGCGUGUGCCACGUCGGCCUUCGGGACGUCUACCGUCGCGCGCGCUCCCUUGUCGUCGGGUUUCAUUGCACAUGGAUCCAUCGAAUCCGCGAGGACAAUCAAGCCGCAAACUUACCCUCCAAACGGGCGCCAGACGAAGCGAAGGAUUUCUCCUCUCUUUCAGGACCUCCCCUUACCCCUCUCACAUCCAUCGACUUCGCUGCGUUCCUCGGCCAAGAUCUUCCUUCCACUCUGGAUAGGUUUUUCCACGACACCAGUAGCUUUGCAUGUACUAUAAGGGUCCGUAAUAUUCAUCACUACUAG